AUGGAUGGUCGGAUGAAACACUGCGCCGGCAUCGUCGAGACGAGGCUCUGCCUGGUACGCCGUUGGAUAACUGCUGCCGGGACGGGUCUGUGCAUCGCCUUCGCUGAGACGCGCCCACCCCCGCCGACGGAGACCGCGGACUCACGGCACAUGCGGUCGUUCUCCACUACGAACAUAAAAGUCGUGGCCCCAUAGUGGGAUUCGGUCGCGCCAACCAGGCACAUGGGCAGCCCGAUUCAGGGACGGCACUGCCUGCCCCCUCGAGGGGAAGGGCCUAGAAAAGGUGGUCUAAAAAAUUCUGGGCACCACGCCGUCUGCAGGCCAGCCAAGGCCGCAGAUGCCAUCAACACGGUCGAAACACUCAAAAUCGAAACAACAACAAUACCAACUACAACAACCAUACUCCUUCUCCACAUCCUACCUCUUCUACCUCUAUCUCCGUCUAUUCUUCUGCCUAUUCUCCUCCUUCGUCAUCAUCUUCUCCACCUCCUUCCCGUAGCCCCACUCGUUUUCCCCAGACUGACAGGGUGAGCCCGCUCACUCUGGCAGCCUGGAAUGUUCGCUCCCUUUUAGACAAUCCGAGGAGCAACCGACCGGAACGGAGGACGGCGCUAGUGGCACGAGAACUGGCGCGCUACAAGGUGGACAUCGCCGCACUCAGCGAGACCCGAUUCUCCGAACAAGGCCAACUGGAGGAGGUGGGUGCCGGCUACACCUUCUUCUGGAGUGGUCGACCCAGGGCAGAGCGACGACAGCGUUUUAUGCCCUUCUCCCAACAAAGGUACUAG